CCACAUAGUGAGCACGCAAGACUCCAUCGAGGUGUUGCAAUGUGACAAUCCUAACAUCCUGUCCCAGUCAACGAACACAAGUUCCAGUCUUGAUUCUCCUGUUACGCCUACCCUAAUCAAUUGCCAGAUCAGCACUGCGCGGGCAACAUCAACAACCACUGGAGAACACAUAGAGCGACAUCAUAUUCACAAAACAUCCAGAGGGCAUCAGCAGAACAGCAAUGUCAUCAGACCAAGGACCAGCACCAACGGCAUCAAGCCAUGGCUACACUCACAACCAUGGCCACGACCAUUCGCACCCCCAUCCCGCCCCAGAAGAUGCCUGGAAAACAACUGGCGUCCGCGUAAUCCCAGGCGACUCCCUCGAGCCCGUGGGUGGCGCCCACCAAACGCCCGGCAUGGACCGCGCCGCCGCCAUAAACUUCGCACGCGUGGGCGCCUCCAAGCUCUGGGCCGGCACCGUGCACAUCCACGCGGGCGCCAAAACGGGCGCGCACCACCACGGGCACCUCGAGUCCGUCAUCUACGUGCUCAAGGGCCGUGCGCGCAUGCGCUGGGGCGAGAAGCUGGAAUUCACGGCGGAGGCGGGACCCGGGGAUUUUAUCUUUGUGCCGCCGUAUGUGCCACAUCAGGAGAUCAAUGCGAGCAGUGAGGAGAAGCUGGAGUGUGUGCUUAUGCGGAGUGAUAGCGAGGCUGUGGCGAUUAAUCUGCCAGAAUUGGAGCCAGUCGAGAGACCGGAGACGGUGAAGUGGAUUGACCCUACGCAUCCGGAUGGGGCGGGCGCGUAGGGAGUUGGGCAGGAAGACUCGAUUGCCUAUGUUCUGUGGCCUUGAAAUUGAUCAAUACAGUGCCAUAUUAUCCAUGUGGAAGCGAUGGGGUCAUUCAGGGACUGCGGUCAGUUGUGGACUUGCUAUACAAUUGCGAGCGAAUACGAAUAAAUAAUGAACGAUCA